UAUAUAGUGAACACAAUGCCAUAGCAAUGCCUUUCGCGAACCAGAAGAAGAGGGAGGUCGAUGAUUCAGGCAACUCAGUAGCGUCGCGUAGUAGCAUCUCAAGUCUCUAACUAGGUAACCAUCCUUCAUUUGUAUCUCCUAAAUCAACUGUAUUUUCUCUCAAUCAAAUCCAAUGCUUCGUUUAAUUUGCUCAAGGUUGCCCCAAAAACUAAAGCACAGACCUUCGAAAACUAGCCACGCAAACUUUUUCUCAACCUCCUAUCUGAAAUCUAUCUCAGGACCUUCUAAUUCCAAGGACCCACAAUCUCUGACAGUCUCCUUUCUCCAAGAUUCAUGUGGGUUUUCCUUGGAAUCAGCCAUUUCAUAUUCCAAGAAGCUCAACAUUGAGAACGUAAAGAAUCCCAAUUCAGUUCUUGACCUGUUGAAAAAUCACGGUUUGACGCAGACCCACAUCAGCAACUUAAUUAGAAUACGUCCAGUAUUUCUUUUGGCUGAUUUAGAAAAUACCCUUAUGCCCAACAUAAAAGUGUUUGAAUCCUUGGGGUUUUCUGGCUCUAGUCUCGCCAAAAUGCUUAGCAAACACCCAGCUGUGCUAGAAAGUGAUGCACACGCUGCUGUCGAGUUUUUUAGGGCACAUGGUUUUAGUGAUAAGCAAAUAACAACUUUGACGAUGAAUUGUCCCUCAUUGUAUACGUAUAAUGCUCAAAAGAUUUUUAAGCCAAAGUUGGAGUUUUUCAAGUCGUUAGGUUUUUCAGAUCUUGAAAUUACAAAGAUUUUAUCCGCAGAGCCGUUUGUUCUAACAAGGAGCCUCGAAAAAACAAUCAUUCCGUGUGUUCAAGAGCUUAGGCGGAUUCUUGGAACUGACGAGAAUGUCUUAAAGGUUAUAAAGGUAUACUGCCCAGUACUUAGAACAAACGUUGUACAUACGCUACAGCCCAACAUCGCUACUCUGAUAAGUCAUGGUGUUCCCCGGUCAUUUGUUUUGAAUUUCUUUUGUAGACCAUCGUCUCUGCUUAUCUGUGGCAAUCGGUUUAGUGAGAUUGUUGUUGAAGUUAUAAAAUUGGGUUUUGAUCCCAAUUCUCGGAAAUUUGUUCUCGCCAUCAUGUCCAUGGCACAAAAUACUAAAACAUUGUGGGAGCAGAAGGUGGAAGCUCUUAGGAGUUUUGGUUUGUCAGAGGUUGAGAUUUAUUCUGCAUUCAAGCGGCGACCCUUGUGUAUGAGUUGUUCGGAAAAGAAGAUCAAGAAAAUGAUGGAUUUCCUUGUGAACAAACUGAAGAUGAAGCCUUCUAUGAUCUCCAAUUGUCUGUAUCUUCUACAGCAUAGCUUGGAGAAGCGGAUUAUUCCGAGGUGUUCAGUUAUGCAAGUUUUGAUGUUGAAGGGGUUGAUCAAGGAGGAUAUUGGCUUCUUUGGUAUGGUCACAAUGGCCGAGAAGGAAUUCAUGGUGAGAUUUGUGAGCAAGUAUCAAAAUGAGGUUCCUGAUGUUGUUAGAGCGCACCAAGGGAAGAUAGAAUUUCAAGGGCUCCCCAUAGCCAUGGAGAUGUGAGUACUUUUGACAUAAUCAAAUGCGGCAUUGGCUAAAGAUCAUGAGUUCAGUUUUAGUUCAACUUGUUAUGGAGACAUCUCAGAAACUUGGUAUGUGCAGGAUGAUGCUUCCAUAUCGUGGAUAAAAAGGAAGCACUUUUUACCAGAAACUGCUCGGUUUUCAUGCCAAUGCACAUUUUUAUAUUGACUCUCUCAUAUUGACUGCCAGAGAAGAACACAAGCUAGCAGGGUUUUCUGAUUUUGCUGGUGUUGAAAUGUUUGAUUGUCCAGAUUUUGUGAUGGGCUGAAAUGUUAUGAACAAAAUGUUCAGGAUCCAUUGCCGUUCAUAGUCUCUAUCCAUUGUCUUUGUUUUUAA